GUGGGCGGGGCGAGGAGCCCCCGGGGCGGGGCUACGGAAGCUGGCGAGGCCGACCCCGCCUGGGGCUUCCUGACCUCGCUCCCGGAACCUUCUGAGGUGGCGGUGGCUCUUACCCCUUCCCGCCAGGAGGAUCCAGCUACCUGCUGCUGGCCUCCCGCGCCUGCAGAUCUCUGGAGCCCGUUGGAAGUGACGACCUUGAAUAUCGGCGGGAGCCGCGGGACCGAGGGGCGGGUCUGGCGCUAGGCCGUGCCCCUGCACGCGCAGGAACCCCCGGAGUAGGUCGCAGUUCAGCCCACCUGAGGCCUGUCUGCAGAAUCCGCAGCAACCAGCAGCAUGCCCAUGACACUGGGGUACUGGGACAUCCGCGGGGUCAGUGAAGCUGGCCCACGCCAUCCGCCUGCUCCUGGAAUACACAGACUCAAGCUACGAGGAAAAGAAAUACACGAUGGGGGACGCUCCUGACUAUGACAGAAGCCAGUGGCUGAAGGAAAAAUUCAAGUUGGGCCUGGACUUUCCCAAUCUGCCUUACUUGAUUGAUGGGGCUCACAAGAUCACCCAGAGCAACGCCAUCCUGCGCUACAUUGCCCGCAAACACAACCUGUGUGGGGAGACAGAAGAGGAGAAGAUUCGUGUGGACAUUUUGGAGAACCAGGCUAUGGACGUCUCCAAUCAGCUGGCCAGAGUCUGCUACAGUCCUGACUUUGAGAAACUGAAGCCAGAAUACUUGGAGGGAAUUCCUACAAUGAUGCAGCACUUCUCACAGUUCCUGGGGAAGGGGCCAUGGUUUGUUGGAGACAAGAUCACCUUUGUGGAUUUCCUUGCCUAUGACAUCCUUGACCUCCACCGUAUCUUUGAGCCUACCUGCUUGGACGCCUUCCCAAACCUGAAGGACUUUAUCUCCCGAUUUGAGGGCUUGGAGAAGAUCUCUGCCUACAUGAAGUCCAGCCGCUUCCUCCCAAGACCUUUGUACACAAGGGUGGCUGUCUGGGGCAACAAGUAGUGUCUUGAAGGCCAGGCGGUGGAGUGAGUAGCCCAUAUGCAGCUUGCCGCCCCAGCUGUGUAGAGCACGUGGGCUCUGCACCCCAGCAUCUGCCUCAUUCCUUUCUCCUGCUGAUUCCCUUCUUUACCCUCAAGACCUUAUUGGCCCUAUUCACUUCCGCUGAACCCCUGUCCCAUGAAGGCCCUUUAAAACCUCAGCUACCCACUUUCCUUCAGAAACAUCCCCCUCCCAACUUAUCCUUCCCUGCACUAAAGCCAGCCUGACCUUCCUUCCUGUUAGUGGUUGUGUCUGCUUUGAGGGGCCUGCCUGGCUGUGGAGUUCAGCCCCAAGCUGUCCCCGCGCUGCAUGAAAGAGCAGCAUUGACUGGUUUACAGGCCCCGUUCCUGCACCAUGGCCCCUGCCUUAGGCCUACCUGAUCCAAGUAGAACGUCAACCACAUUUGCUGUAGUCUUGUCUUAUUUGUUCCCAUCUGCCAAGACUGCCUGUCUGUCACUCCUCCUUCUGAAGGACUGACUGGUGACCCUGGCAAAUGGCUGGAUUUAUAGAGAUUAUGGUAGGCUCAGUAAGGUGUUUCCAACCUUUUGUUUUUUUUUUUUAACAGAGUCUCCUGCUUCCCAAGGAGAAGGACACUGGUGGGAUCAUAGCUUAUUGCAGUAUCCAGUCCUGGGCUCAAGCAGCCUUCCCACUUCAGUCUCCCAAAUAGCUGAGACUACAGGUGUGCCACCACACCUGGCCACAUUAAAAUUUGUUCUGUAGAGGCAGUGUCUCACUAUGUUGCCCAGGCUGGUCUGGAACUCCUGAGCUCAAGCGAUCCUCUUCCUUGGGCCUCCCAAAAUUCUGGGAUUGCAGGUGUAAGCCACCACACUUGACCCUGCUUCCAUCUUCUUGAUCUCUUUUCUGAUAGCCUUAAAGCAGGAAACCUCAUAAAGUGCUCUAUAGAAAGGAUGCCUCUUUCUGGGUCUAGAUCUUCAUUUAUUCAGUAUUACUCACUGCUUUCCAUAGUUAGGCAGAGCUGGAUCUCAGUGAGGAGGUCUUAGAUGCCCAGAGGUAGCGGAAUUCCCAUCACAGAGAACCAGGAUCCUUCUGUCUUCCACACUGUCUGAACCCAUCACAGCUGCUAGAUCUCUAGGACCCAAACUCUACUGUGAGCUGCUUCACCAGAAGAUUCUCCCAGCUCAGCAGUUCCCAAGCUGUGUUACCACAAAUAGUUGUUGAUAUUUUGGGUCAGGUAUUCAGGUAAGGCUCAGUAGGGAGAACUUAUUACAAAUCAACAAAGGUCUCUUCUCCAAAAACUGUAUAUCCAGAAAUACAACUCAUUAGAAUUAGUCAAAACUUCAACAGGCAUUUCCCCAAAAUGAAUAUCCAAAUGGCCAAUAAGCACAAGAAGAUGCUCAACAUCAUUAGACAGCAGAAAGUUAAACCCCUACUGUUCAGAUCCUGUUGUAUCCCCACCAGAAUGGCUGACAUGGAAACUACUGACAAUUGUUGGUGAUUUAUGGAGUAACUGGAAGUGUCAUGCAUUGCUGGUGGGAAAGCCGCUUUGGAAUACUGGCAGUGUCAACUAGAGCUAAACAUACAUCUACCCAGGACCCAGAAAUCCCAACCUGCAGGAAUGAGUCCUAAUGGAUUCCAAGAGUCAGAUACAAUGAUGUCAAAAGCAGCUUAUUUUAAAUAGCCAAUAACGGAAAACAAUCCAAAUGCCAUGAACACAAGAAUGAACAAAUGAACUGCGGUUUAUCAACAUAAUUCCAUCGUUCGUAUAAUAGGAUGCUUACUCUGCUAUAAUGAAAAUAAAUGUGCUAAUGCUACAUGCAGAAACAUGAAUGGGCCUCACAGACAUGUUGAGUAACAGGAUCCAGACAAGAGAAAGGACACAUGGUCUCUCCACUUACAUGAAAAUCAGGAGAGGGAAAUGAGUCCAUGGUAUCGGAGGGCCGAUGAUGGGUGGCCUUGGCGGGAACUGGGAAGUUGCCUGUGAAGGGCCUGGUGGAGUGCUGCAAGUUUCCUCUGUCUUUAUCCGGGAGGGGAUUCCAGAAGAGCAGACAAGUGGGAAAUCCCGGAGUAGCACACUGAAGACCUGUGCACUGUGUGUAUCACACUUCAGUGAAAAGUAUGCACAUGUGUCUUAGAUUA